AUGGGCAAUAACCCGGUCUUUGCUGUCACUGUGUUCUUCAUCUGCUUUCGAGAAUGCCUGGAAACAAGCGUGGUUGUGUCUGUGCUGCUGGCUUUCUUGAAGCAGACACUUGGGAAUGAAGGGGGUGACACGUAUAAACGACUCGUGAAGCAAGUCUGGCUAGGAUGCGCACUCGGACUAUUCAUAUGCCUCUGCGUCGGCGCCGGCAUGAUUGGCGCCUUUUACGGCCUUGGCACGGACACGUUCUCCAGCACCGAAGAUAUCUGGGAAGGAGUCCUAGGAAUAUUAGCAUCCCUUAUCAUUGCGGUCAUGGGAGCGGCCCUGUUGCGCGUGUCAAAGCUGCAGGAGAAAUGGCGGGUCAAACUCACCAAGGCUCUUCAGCACCACCGUAACACCAAUAGCUCGCGCAGGGGCCGAGUGAAGAUGUGGCUCGAGAAAUACGUCAUGUUCAUCUUGCCCUUUAUCACAGUUCUUCGUGAGGGUCUGGAGGCAGUGGUCUAUGUCGGUGGUGUUGGGUUGGGGUUGCCGGCUACCUCCUUUCCUUUGGCGGUAGUGUGCGGUCUCAUUGCAGGAUGCUUGGUGGGAUAUUUGAUUUAUCGAGGAGGCAGCGAAACAACCAUGCAAUUUUUCUUAAUUGUCUCGACCUGCUUCCUCUACCUGGUAGCCGGAGGCUUGUUCUCUCGUGGCAUAUGGUACUUCCAAAACAACGCAUGGAACAACAUCAUUGGUGGGGAUGCUUCCGAAACGGGGUCAGGCCCUGGGUCUUAUGAUAUCCGACAGAGCAUCUGGCACGUCAACUGCUGCAACCCCGAGUUGGGAGGUGGCGGUGGAUGGGGCAUUUUCAACGCCUUGCUGGGAUGGACAAACUCGGCCACAUACGGAUCUGUGAUCGGCUAUAAUCUAUUCUGGAUCUGCGUGAUACUCGCCUAUGCUGCGAUGAUGUAUCGGGAGCGGCGUGGUGCAAUCCCCGUUAUUGACCCGAUGAUUGCGCGCUACCAGGCGUUCAAGGCCCGGGUGAUAGCGGCCAUUCUUCGUCGGCCAGUGGAAGAAGAGGACGUUGAGCCGGUGGAGCAGUCGGGGAUUUUUGCAGAGAGUGGCAAGGCGAAAGAAACUGGUGUCGGAGGGCCCAUGUCUGUGAAGGAAGCGGAGGUUAGGGCUGUGUAG